AUAAAAUACAAGACGACGCAAUCAACUGGAAUUUCUCUGAAAGAGCGAAUGAUUCUUAGUCCAAGUGUGUCCCAAAUACUGCAGUGGACAUAGGAAAAACGGAACAGUUUUCUGGUGUUUGGUUACAAUUCUAAUUUGACUGGGCGUCCUGCAUUCUUGUUUGCUAAACUUAGCCACCCUACUGCAGGAAGUGAAGACGAUGAUUCCCGCUGAAUGGCCAGAGCUUUUAGGAUAGAGGCUGACUGAUGGUGAUGCCGCCUGCGGCUAGACAGAGGAUAGUGCUUUCCUUACACUUCCUCUUUUGGAAUAUCCGAGGCUUCGGGACCUGCAGUGGAAGGGACCUGCGGCUGUGCUGCCCACGCCCGCGCGGCUGGUCCCUGGUGGUCCUGCCGGCUCGCACUUCCACGCCGGCCACUGCGCACUUGGCCGGAGAGUCUGUCUCCCUAUCUACUUGAUCUGGGAACGUCUAUCAGUUUUGCAAGAUUCUAGGAACCUCAAGUUUAACUUUCCAGACCAAGCUAGAGACCCCUCCUGAAGGGCUAAUCACAGGCUGUUAAGUGUUUGACAGCUCUUUGAGCCCCCGCGGUGUUUUUUUCUGCGUAUCCCUGAGGAUGGAGAGCAACACAUCAUCAUCUUUGGAGAAUUUAGAGACGGCGCCUGUGAACCAGAUCCAAGAAACAAUUUCUGAUAAUUGUGUGGUGAUUUUCUCAAAAACAUCCUGUUCUUACUGUACAAUGGCAAAAAAGCUUUUCCGUGACAUGAAUGUUAACUAUAAAGUGGUAGAACUGGACCUGCUUGAAUAUGGAAACCAGUUCCAAGAUGCUCUUUACAAAAUGACUGGUGGAAGAACUGUUCCAAGAAUAUUUGUCAAUGGUACUUUUAUUGGAGGUGCAACUGACACUCAUAGGCUUCACAAAGAAGGAAAAUUGCUCCCACUAGUUCAUCAGUGUUAUUUAAAAAAAAGUAAGAGGAAAGAAUUUCAGUGAUGUUUAUACUAAUGAGUUUGCUAGUACAGUGUCAGUUAUUUAAAGUGGUAAUGCCCGAUAAUGUCUUUUAAAUGUUUGAGGAUGUUUUAAAUACAUGCAUUGUCUUCACGAAGAAGAUGUAAAAAUAAUGAAAAAUAAAUUGCAGUGGAAACCUCUUC